AUAAAACCGACCAAAACGCGCAAUUACAAACAAAUUAUAAUGCUCUUCUUGAAAGAAUAACUGAUUUAACAUCCACAAUAAACACUGCUAUAAAAAAAUCAAUAGAAGAUUCACAACCUUUAUUUGAAGAUGUUUUAAAAAAAACAUUAGAAAAUUUAAAUAUAGCAAAAGAUAUUAAAGAUAUUAAAGAUGCUAUAAAUCAAAUUGAUAACAAGGGAUUAAAAAAAACAAUUAAUGAUAGAACACAAUCAUUAGAAGAUAAAAUUGCCAAUAUUAGAUUUCCAGAAUUACCUAAACCACCUGAAGUUGAUUUAUCAGAAAUUUUAAAAGAAGCAUGA